AUGAUAAACCGGCUAAAGAGUAGAGGUUAUCCCAAACAUGUGAUUCAAAGAGCCAACCGAGAGGUACAGGCUCUAGACAGAAAGGAUCUGUUGUAUGAACGAUCCAGGGAUUCCUCUAUGACAAACCAAGGUGUAACUUUUGUUACAGAUUACAGUACAGAAUACAAUCAAAUCUGUAAUAUAGUCAAGAAACAUUUCAAACUCCUUGUUGCUGAUUAUAAGUUGGUGGGCUGUACAGAGAAAGGGAUGGAUCUGAAUGGAUUUUAUUGCCAAGAUCUUACACAGCAGGAGGUCCCAGACAUGGAGGCAGCAGCUAUAGAUUUCAGAUAUGAUGAUACUGGCUCCCUCCAGGAUUCAAGCCUGAGCAGUCUGCAGCUAAAUGCAGUGAAGGGCUUGUACCCCAACUCAAACAAUGUGAGGACUUCAGUGUCCCAGCACAGCACACCCCCCUCCUCUGAAGCAUUUAUAGAACAGUCUCUGUAUUACUGGGACCAGUACAACACAGGUCCUGUCUCUUCCCAAGCACAAGGAAAUACUCUACAAUCCGGAGGACUCUUGCCCUCUUUCCAGCCAUUGCUUCCUGUGCUAGAAGAUAUUCAGAGUCAUUUACCCCAACAAGAGAUGAUGAACCAGAUCACACAUUCAGGAGAAUCCCUCUACCACCAACAGCAAGAAUCUCAGUUUAGCCCCAUGACAGACACUUUCUCCCAGACCUCAGUGGCAGGGUCCAUUGGAGAUCAUAACUUUUCCUGGGCAUCCCAUGAAUGGCAAAGCUGGGAUGAGGCCACCUGGAUUAACUGCACCAAUUUGGACAGUUUGAGUCACCAAAUGCCUGAGAUGAGCAGAACUUCCUCCUGUUUACAAAUGGGUCCCAGUACUCAACUCCCAACUCAAAACAGAGCCCCUCAAACAGGUUUUGCUUUGAAUAAUACAAACUUCCACCAAGGCUCAGACCUGACAGGACACAGAUCUGGUGCUGAGAAGGAAAUGUACUCUACGUCUCACAGCCAGAGGGGACCUGCAGCUAAGUGCAGCAAACCUCCCACAUCAGCUAGUUCAGGGCCAAUUCAGCUUUGGCAAUUUCUCCUGGAGUUGUUGCAAGACUCAUCUUGUCAGAAGCUGAUCAGCUGGACGGGGAACGGAUGGGAGUUUAAGCUGUCUGACCCCAACGAGGUGGCAAGGAGAUGGGGAAGGAGGAAGAACAAGCCAAGAAUGAACUAUGAGAAGCUGAGCAGAGGGCUUCGCUAUUACUACCAUAAAAAUAUCAUUCACAAGACUGGGGGCCAACGGUACGUUUACAGAUUUGUAUGUGACCUUCAAGAUCUGCUCUCCCGACCUUCACAAGCUGCACAGCAACAGUCCAAGAACCACAGUCAGAAACCAAGAAACGCGUGAGGAGUAAAAGUUGGAAAUUUGAAAGUUGACAAGGGACCAUAGCCCAGCAUAAAAGACUUAAAUACCCAGCACUGAGUGUGAUUUAUAAGGGCAAGCUGGAUAUGGUGGGGCUGAGUCCCUGUUGCAAAAGACAAGCACUACACAAAAGUCCCUGUCCAAGCACUGAACUAUACUGUAGACCUGACCAUCACCUGGCGCUCAAAA